AGUCGGUCUUCUGUCAACAUAAGGAUAAAUAAAUUCUAUUCAUUUAUAGAAUUUCCAGUUAUUUGAAUUUUAUUAUGGGUAUUACGGACGAUGUAACUCUUCCCACCGAAGAAGAACUGACCGUUCAAGAAGUACCCUUAUCAGGCCCCGCUCUUAAAGCGGGUGCUUUUCAUUUAGGAAAAACUUGCGAAUGGGAAAAUAAUGAGUUCAUUUUGUGUCGUAACGAGUUAAAUGAUCCUAGAGCAUGCAUUAAUGAAGGCAAAGCUGUUACCAGCUGUGCUUUGAAUUUUUUCAGAAAAGUUAAAGCAACCUGUGCUGAUGAAUUCAUGCAAUAUGUAAACUGCCUCGAUAAAUCUAGUCCAGACCAAGCUCUUGUACCUUGUAGAAAAACUCAAGCAGUUUUCGAUAAAUGCAUAAAGGAUAAUUUAGGUUUGGAUAGACCUCCUUAUGAUUAUUUUGCUCGAGUUCAUGUUCACAAAACUGAAAGACCCAGACCAGAAAAAGAAGGUAAAACUGUAUAUGAAGAUGCUACUCCUGGUCUUCCUCCAGAUGUUCCUAAACCAGAAGCUAAAUAUGGAUCACGUUAUUUGUUUAUGUGGUAAAACAUUCUCCAAUGCAUAAUAAUGUGUAGUUUAUACAUUCUUUAGUUUUAUUGUAAAUAAAUAUAUUAAAUAAUA